GCAGGCAGCGUUACAGCUCCGCCCCCUUUCCGACCGGUGAGUCUCUCUGUGCGAGGUCUGUCAGGAGGCCGCAGCCAUGGGGAUCCUGGAGAAGAUCUCGGAGAUCGAGAAAGAGAUCGCCAGAACCCAGAAAAAUAAAGCCACGGAAUACCAUCUGGGACUUCUCAAGGCAAAACUAGCCAAGUACCGAGCUCAGCUCCUGGAACCAUCUAAAUCAGCUGCAGGUAAAGGAGAGGGUUUCGAUGUAAUGAAAUCUGGAGAUGCCCGCGUGGCUUUGAUCGGGUUUCCUUCUGUGGGUAAGUCCACAUUUUUGAGCUUGAUGACCUCCACGGCCAGUGAGGCUGCGUCGUAUGAAUUUACCACCUUGACCUGCAUUCCUGGAGUGAUUGAGUACAAAGGUGCAAACAUCCAACUUCUAGAUCUGCCGGGAAUCAUUGAAGGAGCUGCUCAAGGAAAGGGUAGAGGUCGUCAGGUGAUUGCUGUAGCACGGACCUCUGAUGUGGUUAUCAUGAUGCUGGACGCCACCAAGGGAGAGGUUCAAAGGGGUCUCCUGGAGAAAGAAUUGGAGACUGUAGGAAUCCGGCUGAACAAGCGCAAACCUAACAUCUAUUUUAAGCCAAAAAAGGGAGGAGGAAUCUCCUUUAACUCCACAGUGCCCCUAACCCAGUGCUCCGAGAAACUGGUGCAGCUAAUUCUGCAUGAAUACAAAAUGUUCAACGCCGAGAUUCUGUUCAGGGAGGACUGUACACCGGACGACUUCAUUGACGUUAUUGUCGGGAACAGAGUUUACAUGCCCUGUCUAUAUGUUUAUAACAAAAUUGACCAAAUCUCAAUGGAAGAGGUAGACCGUCUGGCCCGGCAGCCGCACAGUGUGGUCAUCAGUUGCGGAAUGAAGUUAAACUUGGACUUCUUAGUGGAGAUGCUGUGGGAGUACCUCGCACUGACCUGUAUCUACACUAAAAAGAGAGGACAGAGACCAGAUUUCACAGAUGCGAUUAUUCUUCGCAGUGGAGCUUCAGUUGAACAUGUUUGUCAUCGGAUUCACAGGACGCUAGUUGGCCAGUUUAAAUAUGCCCUUGUUUGGGGUACAAGUACUAAAUACAGCCCCCAGAGAGUGGGUUUGAGCCACAAUAUGGAGCACGAGGACGUCAUUCAGAUUGUGAAGAAGUAAAAGCUGCGAUCUCUCUGUAGAAGGCAUACCUCACUGCCUUGCAUCCAUCUGCAAAACCAUGGCCAAGGAUUUGAUGGCGUGAGGGUUAAUCCUCCCAAGUGAACAUGGUGCGAUUUUGUGGGGGGCAAAGAUCAAUGUACCAAGCAAAACUUCAACAAGAUCAAUGCAAAGCAAAGGGCACCCUAUUCAUCCUUGUUACAUCGUAGACACACAGUCAUCUUCAACAGUGGACUUGUUUGUGUCCUUUGCUGGGAGAGCUCUGUUCAUCUAAUAAAUGGAAGGAAUGAUUCACCAAA